CCUCGGUCAGGUUCAUAACUCCCUCUGUCCUACAACACUUGUUAGGGCAUUUGCCAAUCGUUAUAAUUGAAACUUCCUUUCUGAGGAAUAUUCUCUCACUCAGAGUUUUCUUCAUUCCCUGUUGUUAGCUACUUCCACUUGAGCUUCUUUUGCAUUUGUCACGCCCUCUUAAGUCGCCAUGUCUCGCCAUCACCCCGAUCUCGUUAUGUGCCGCAAGCAGCCGGGCAUCUCUAUCGGUCGACUGUGCGACAAGUGCGACGGUAAAUGCCCCGUGUGUGAUUCCUAUGUGCGCCCCACGACUCUCGUUCGGAUCUGCGACGAGUGCUCGUUUGGUAACUACCAGAACAAGUGUAUCGUCUGCGGUGGCGAGGGAAUCAGUGAUGCUUUCUACUGCUUUGAAUGUACGCGACUAGAAAAGGACCGAGACGGGUGUCCGAAGAUUAUAAACCUGGGAAGUUCGAGGACGGACUUAUUCUACCAAAAGAAAAGUUUUCGAAAUCAUUGACCCCGCGCGAUGGCCAUUUCACCGCUUGUCGGUCCGGUUCGAGUCUAUGGCGGAAACGACUGCUCCACGUUCUACGUUUCUGCUCCUUGCUAGAGCGAUACGCCAAGGAUUCCACUGUGUCGGGCAACUCCAAAAGAUAACUUAAUUACAGAAGGAGAGAGAUGAUGGAGAAAUAGCAAUCUAAGGGGGCUGGAAGAUAGCACCGCUCUACCUGCCGGGUCUUCUCGGUCUUGCGAAUCCACGGUUCAGUCCGUCGUGCUGUGGCGGGCUCACUUCCUCCUGCAGCCUGUCGCCUGUGAUCUCGUCUGGCGAAGAAGCUUCGAUCUGCACACUCAUCGUUAACUUGUCUCAAUCAAACAUCUGCUCACGACAUCAACUCGUACCUUCUUAGAAAUCUUCAGACCUUGGUCUUCGGCCAGUUGGAGGGCGUACAUCCGGGAACUAGCAUAUAACAUACGCUCCUUGAUCGACGAACCCGAUGGGCAAGUAUAGACGAAGAUCACCACGUCAGAAUCGGGAUAAUGAUAAAAUGUAUAACGUGGUGAAGAUGGAGAGAUGUGAGAUUCGACGGAGCCAGGAACAGUCCCGUUCUCUAUCCCAGCAAGGACGAAUGUCUCCCUUGGAAUAUCAAUGGCCUGUAUUUAGGGGAAAGUAGAGUUAGCACUCAAUCAAAACCUUCAACAAGUCGGAAAUUCUUCGCUCUUCACAUGUACUUACCAGCUGCACUAAGUCACCCGGC